AGUGGAGACUUCCAGCUGCUCACAUGAGAGUGGGCGAGCUGGGAUAGGCUGGGAGUUUGGUCGGAACCCUCAGCGAGCCGGGACAAGAAAGAAGGAAAUAAAGAAAGAAAAAAGUGUGAGGGUGGGAAAGGAACCGACAAACCCGAGAGCUUCCGAUGAAUGCUGGACAGGAAAUCUUGACGCAGACUUUUACGGAAAAGCGCGUUUUGUUAUAAUCAGGAAUCACGGACCACAACAGAGCGGAUGACAAAGAAGAUCGGUGGUGGUGAAUAAAAAAAGGAGAGAACUUUCUAACCGGGUGUGAUCGCUCGUAAGAAACUUCCAGGGCUUUCCUGCGUUCGGUAACGGAAAGUAAAAGAGGACAUCAUGCCGCGGCRCACCGUGCAAGAAGUAACCGUGCAAGAUGUCCAGAAGCGAAGGAUUCCAAGCAAACACUACGUUUACAUCAUCAAAGUCUCCUGGGGCGAUGGCAGUACAGAAACCAUAUACAGACGCUACAGCAAGUUUUUCGACCUCCAGAUGGAAUUGCUGGACAAAUUCCCAGUGGAGGGAGGUCAGAAAGACCCCAAGCGCCGAAUCAUACCAUUUUUACCAGGAAAGAUUCUGUUUAGACGGAGCCAUAUCAGAGACGUGGCGAUGAAGAGACUAAGGCCUAUCAACGAGUACUGCAGGGCUUUGAUCCAACUGCCAGUCUACAUCUCCCAGUGUGAAGAGGUUCGAGUGUUUUUUGAGACUCGUCCUGAAGACCUGAACCCGCCCAAAGAGGAAGCCUUUGGAAAGAAGAAAACUGGGUUUGUGGAGAGAGCGACUACUUUCAUAAAGCGAGGAGAUUCCACGGCUGGAGAUCCUCUCCUCCUUGAACAGUAUGUGGCAGUUACAGACUAUGAGAAGCAGGAGAGCACUGAGAUCAGCCUGCAUGUGGGUCAGGUUGUGGAAGUCAUUGAGAAAAAUGAAUCUGGGUGGUGGUUUGUGAGCUCAGAGGAUGCUCAGGGUUGGGUACCUGCCACCUGCCUUGAAGCACAGGAUGACCCUGAUGACUUCAGUCUUCCAGGAGAAGAAGUGCCUCGGAGGUUCUGGUCACUGCCAAGGCACGUGGGUCGUCGCAGAACUUUAGGGGAUCUUUUCAGCACAGGCUUUGGGCAAGAGGAGAAGUAUUCUGUGAUUUACCCGUACUCUGCCAGGGACCAGGAUGAGAUUGAUCUUGAGAAAGGAAUGAUUGUUGAGAUCAUUCAGAAGAAUUUGGAAGGCUGGUGGAAGAUCAGGUACCAGGGCCGUGAGGGCUGGGCCCCAGCUUCCUACCUAAAGAAGGCUGAUAUUCAAAGCCAGCGGCAGUCAGCAGGUGCUGCUGCUCAUGCCAGUACAAACGACCUGGAAGCCUGUUCCAGACAGAAUCAGCAAAAUAAUGCAGCRAGGGAUAACCGAGACAACAAUCAGAAAGAAAAUAGACUUUCUAUUUUCUCUGAAAACAACAAAACUAAGGUGGGAUUAAGACACAGACCUCCUCCUCGCAGAGACCUUACCAUUCCACGUGGUACAAACUUGCCCAAGCCACCCAUUCCUCCUCAGGUUGAGGAAGAAUAUUACACCAUAGCAGAUUUUCAGACCACCAUUCCUGAUGGGAUUAGCUUCCAUGCUGGUAUCAAAGUGGAGGUGAUUGAGAAGAAUGCAAGCGGUUGGUGGUAUAUCCAAAUAGAUGACAAAGAGGGCUGGGCACCUGCCACUUUUAUUGAUAAGUACAAGAAGACCAGUAAUGCCUUGCGACCCAAUUUCCUGGCUCCGUUGCCCAAUGAGAUGGAAAAGUUGAGGCUGGAGGAUAGUGAUUUCUCAAAUGUUUCGGGAACAAAUGAUAUGUGGUCCAAGCCUUUACCAGAUGAGCCAACUACAGCCCCUGAGUCCUGCGCCCGGCCUAAGCUUAAAGACUGGAAGUCCAAUGCCACCAAGGGGAUUUCUGCCUUUUCUGGGCCAUUGCCACCAGCCCCAGCAGCUCCUCCAGCUGAGGAGAAACCAGCUUUGCCACCUCGAAGGGAGUCGAUCAAUAAGAGUUUUGAGUUGGAAGUGGCAGAGAAACCAAAAUCUGAUCAUUCCAAGGCUUUGCCUCCAAAACCCCCAGCACCAGGGGUCAUCGUGCCCAUUGUUGCACCCAAGACGYCACCCUUUAAACCAGACAAACCAUUAGAGAUCAAGAAAGAUGACAAGAGCAAAGCUCUCCCCCUUCGGAAUGAAAUGGGUCUUGAAUGUGGCCACAAGAUUUCUGCCAAAGAGGUGAAGAAGUUUAAUCUGAAACCUGUACCCAAACAGCCACCGAAACCUAAAUCAGAAGUUCAAGAAGACAAACCAGAAGCUGCUUCCCCUCCAGCAUUUAUAAAGAGCAAGCCGGGGAUCAGACCUAAACCUAUCCCAGCUGCCAAACCUGAUCCACCAGCAGAUGACAACAAAGUGGACAUCAGCAAUCUGAGAAGCAAGUUAAGGCCAUCCAAACCUGCAGAUUUGAGUUCAGCAUCAGCUGAGGUAAACCCUCAGAGUGAUAUCCCUGCAGGUAAUGAUUCCCACCCAAGUUCAUCCCCUGGUUCCCCACCUACCCAUAUUCCUUCCAUUAAUAAUGGUAAGCACUCUAAAGAGCCAAAACUCCCCCCAAAACACACAAAUGGUCUUAGUCAGGAAAGAUCAUCACCCCCUGCAAAACCAGCAGUACCUCCCCACAAAGARCCACCUCAGAGACCUCCCACCACAGCUCCAAAAAGACCACCUCCUCCAAAGAAAACUGACCAAUCAAGUCCAACUGAACAAAAGUCCCUUAAAGAAUCCCAGGAACUCCCCAAACCUGGACCCCCACAACUCAGCCGGCCUCCUCCCCCAAAACCUAAAGGGUUUGUUCAGCCACCUUCAUCCAAAGAGAAAGAGGAGUCCAAGGUGAAUAAAGCCCCGGUUCCUCCCAAGCCUCCGCUGAAGAGCGAGAAGCCUGGACCACCAAAGGACAAGCUUCCGCCUUUACUCAAAGAUUCAGGUAGGGAUGAGAUCUAUUUAGCUGUGGCAGACUUUGAAGGGGAUGAACAAACAUCCAGCUUCAAGGUGGGUACAGUGUUUGAGGUUCUUGAAAAGAAUAGCAGUGGUUGGUGGUUCUGUAAAAAAGUAGGAGAAGAAGUUGAGGGCUGGAUCCCCUCAAACUACCUGAGCAAGAAACCUUAAGUUGUACAAAUGCUCUAAAAAAUAUUAAAUGGAAAAAUCCGUUACACAAUUWAAAAAAAUCCAGUUUCUUGUUACACAGGUUGUGUUCUAUUUACCUCUGAAGUUGGAACUCAAAUCAGUGAAUGAUGCCACACCCAAAUAUUGUUCCUGUCGUAAGUCGUGAAAUCAGUGGGAUUUGCUAAAUGUUGUAAGUCAUCAGCAUCAACAAUUAGCAAUGCAAGCCCCAAAGUCAUUUUCUGCCUUAAUUCUUUCAGUCACUGCACUAACAUGUUCUCUUAUGAGGAGGGUGUACAAGACCUUGUCAUUGACAAAUAAAUGGAAAACAAUCUGAGAAGAAGUACAGUUUAUUACAUGGUGGUCACAUUUUGAUUUAAAGAGACAGCCUCAAAACAAGUUCAUCUGAUACACACCUCAGAAAAGGGGUGAAAGAGGGGC